UGCACCUUUGCAGGGUCACUUCAGGCAAAGAAAAAUUUGAGGGGGGCCUGAAAAAUCCAUUGAGAGAGACAGAGAGGGAGAAAGAGAGAGAAGAGGCAAAGAACGAGAGUGAACGAGGGGGAGAUACUGUCUGCGGCUGGGGAAGUUCCUGCAGGUGUGCAGUGGACUGCACAACAAAUCCCUUUCUUCUAAUCUCCCAUCAACAUCCCUCACAGAUUUCUCUUAAUCAGUACCUCUGUCCUGACUGCGAGAGAUGGACCGGUCUGUACAGGAGCUUUUUCUGAACUUUAUGAUCGUCCUGAUCACAGUGAUGCUCAUGUGGCUGCUGGUCAGAUCCUACCAGGAGUAAAGGAAAUGAGCGAGCGAUGGGCUCUAGCUGCUUAGCACUGCUCUUGCGAUGUAUGUCUGGGAGGAAAGCAUGCGGCACUGCCACCCCCACCCGAUCAACAGAUGGCGAUACUUGGUUUGGAAGCGAGAGAGAGAGAAAAGACCUUUGGCUGACUGCUCAACAACACAAGACAUCGGCUUCAGAAUGUAGUGGUUAAAAAUAUAAAGAGAAGAAUGAUGAUAUGGAUCUUAACUUUUUGUUUUGGCUGCUUUGGUGUACUUGUUUUUGGCUUUGGUUUAUCACAGCACUGAGCACAUGUUAACUGCAGUCACUGCCAGAUUGCUUUAACAUUGCAGUUUAGGUAAUGUUUAGGUAUCUGGACAUUUGGACGUGCUCAGACAAAAAUGAAAUAAAGAAAUAAACAGUAUUGUCUGUGA